AUGGCUUCCUACACUCCAAGAAGAAUAUACAUGAUCAUCAGCUUCAUUGUCGUGAUCAUCACUAUCAUACUCUUCUUCUCGCUGCACAGUUUGAGUUCAUCAAACAAAGGGGAAAUGAUGACUGGUGGAGGCUACGAGCUAUCAAGAAUGGAGCAUUGUGUUGGACUCUUCUUUGAUCCUCCAAGAUGGCUCUCUGAUGAUGAACGCAUGAAGAAUAAG